GAGCGGGCCGGCGGGACGCGUCUCGCUGCGGGGCUCGGGGGCUCCGUCAGGGAAGAGCUCCGUCGCCAAGCGGUGGCUUUGCGCUCUGUGUCUGCGGACGGGAAGCGGGCGGUCGCUCGGCAGGACGGCAGCGUGCUGUGCCCCACGGUCUCGUGUAGCAGCGUCUGACGUGCUUUGAACAAGUUGAGAGGAGACCGUGGCGUGUGAAUGUCGUUAAUAACGCGGUCUGAGAGUGUUCUGUAACGCUGAGCGAAGCAAAAAGAGGAGCGUUGUUAGCAGGAAUGUUAUUCAGUCUUUUCUGUAUUGGCCCAGUGGGGAAGGUGGUUUUGUGUUUUCACCCCUCUGCUCUUAUUUUCCGUACCUGUAAAAGCUUUCUGAGUAACAGGAUGGUGAUCGUUACUCAUGCGGAGAUGAGUUGGGUAGCCCUAACGAGACGUGCCGUGCCCUUGCUGCAUUUGACCGUUUUGGGCUGCUGUGUCCCGUGCUCGGGCUUGAUCGUGGGAUGGGCCGAGCCUGAGCUUUCCCGGUUCAGGCCCCACCCUCUCAGCAAGCCCUGCCAGUGAGACGCCCUCUCAAUUUGGAUACCAUGUUAUUUGGUCCACAGAGCUCGAUUCUAACUGGAACUGGUUCCAGCUGAGGUGUAUGCAAGUGGGCAGCAAUGCCAAUGCGACUGCUUUCUUCCGCCAGCAUGGCUGCACUACAACAGAUGCCAAUGCUAAGUAUAACAGUCGAGCUGCCCAGAUGUACAGGGAGAAGAUCCGGCAGCUGGCAAGUGCUGCCAUGGCCAAGUAUGGCACUGACUUGCUCAUAGAUGGACUCAGUGGUGCCCCUGGGCAUUCCCCUGACAAGAGUGAUGCUGAUUUCUUCAUGGAGCACACACAGUCUUCCAGAACCUGGGAUGUAGCAGAUGCCAGCCAGAAUCCUGCACAGUCUUCCUUGGACAUGGAAAAAGCACCAAAGUCAUCAGAAAGCAGUGAACCAUCACAUCCAAGCCAAGGCCCAUCUAUUGACUUAUUGAGCACAUCUCCUAAAGCUCCUAUAGAACUUAAAUCCUCCCUCAUUGGAAAGAAGAAGCCAGGAGCUGCCAAGAAAGGGUUGGGUGCCAAAAAAGGUCUUGGAGCCCAAAAAGUGAGUAGCCAGAGCUUCAGUGAGAUUGAGCGGCAAGCUCAGGUGGCAGAGCAGCUGAGGGAGCAGCAGGCAGUGGAGUCCAGGAAACAAGCCGAGGAGUCCAUAGUCACCUCAAUGCGACUGGCUUAUCAGGAGCUGCAGCUUGAUCGAAAGAAGGAAGAGAAGAAGCUUCAAAACCUUGAAGGGAAGAAGCGUGAACAAGCGGAGAGGCUAGGCAUGGGCUUGGUGUCAAGAAGUUCUGUUUCACACUCAGUGAUGUCUGAGAUGCAAGUAAUUGAGCAGGAGACGCCACUGGCUGCAAAGUCUUCCCGCUCCCAAUUGGACUUAUUUGAAGAUGGUGGAGGCUUCACAUCUGGACCCCCCAAGUACAAAUAUAAUCCCUUCUCAUUUGAAGAUGCCUUUGGCUCGCGAUGGGAAACAGACUCCUCAUGGGGUAUGGACAAAGAUGAGGAACCAGAGGUGACAGUUUCCAGUAUUCGGCCAAUUUCAGAGAGGCCUACCAGUAGGCGGGAUAUGGAGAACAGGACAUCAGUUGUGGAAUCUAAUGAAGCUCGGCAGAAGUUUGCAGGGGCUAAAGCCAUCUCUUCAGAUAUGUUCUUUGGGCGGGAAGCGGAUGCUGAGUAUGAAGCCAGGUCCCGACUACAGCAACUCUCGGGCAGCAGUGCUAUCAGCUCUGCAGACCUGUUUGGAGAGGCUGAGAAUGUGCACUCAGGUGGUGUAUCAAUUGGAAAUGUUCUGCCUGCUGCUGAUAUUGCACAGUUUAAGCAAGGAGUGAAGUCAGUUGCUGGCAAGAUGGCUGUCCUAGCCAAUGGGGUGAUGAACUCCCUCCAGGAUCGUUAUGGCUCAUAUUGAUGACCCAAGGACUGCAACUAACAGGGAAGCCAGCAAGAGGCACUGAUGCCACUUUUACCUGGAGUACACUCUGCAGGAUUGUCUUAGUUUAUCUGGGGUGGGUGGGGAAGGGAGAAGGAAAGCAGAAGGGUUCAUCACAUGGCUGUAUGCAGGAUGCUUUCCAAAUAUCUCUGGAUUCCACACUGCAUUAAAAUUCAAUGUGCCCUCAACCCACUGCUAUUUACUAGCCAGUGGAGACUGGGAUAACCUCAUUGCUGUGAAAGAUAAGAUGGGAACUCCUGUGGCUGCCCUCAUCAGUGCUGCUGUCCUUCUUGGCCCAUACCUUAGCUCACCAUGUGAUAGAGGAAACGGGGAUGCUGUAUUUCUGAAUAUGGUGUUACUUGGUCCUCAUGGACAUGACUGUGGUUUCUUGUUCUGCUCAGUGCUUCUAUUGCCUGUUUCCAUGCAGGCUGCUGUUGCAGUUCACAUCAACUGGUAAGACAUUUUCAGCUGCAAGGUUCUAGUGUGCAUGGUAAUCCAUGGUGUCACGGAUUCCUCUGUAUUUUCAGGGUCUGCUUUGUACCAUGGGAUAAUCCUUCCUAUUGUCUUGUAAACCAGCAUGUAUUGAUGCAGGAGAACAAAUCAAAGCAAAGAUUAUUUUUUUAGCUUCUAAUCACAUCAACAACAACAACAAAGUCCCAGGUACUGAAGUAUGGUAAGGAUGUUUGCUGGACUGCUGGUUAGUGUGUUGCCCAGCCAUACUUUACUUCUAGACUUGGACAGAGAGGAAAGUCCUGACCUCUGACUUUACCGAAGUGUGUUGUGGGUGAGGGAGGCUGCUUGAGGACUGUUAUUUUUGUCCUGCUCAGGUUGACUCUUUGCUCCUGACUGUGUUUUUAACAAGAGCUAUUUUCAGGUAUCUUUGACUAUGCAGUUGAGGAUGGAAUAGCCCUUUAUCCCCUAUUAAGUGCUCUACAGUUGAAAAAUAACUGUAUUAGCAAAACAAGAGGCUGGGUCUUUUUAUUCUGUGGGUUCCCAUCAACAAACCUCUCCUCCAGGGCUGGGUCCUGACCUUGUGCCAUCUUUCCAUAGACCUGGGCUGGAUUUUUGUGGUAGGGGCCAGAGGGGCUGUGGUACCAGCAAGUCCUGCUGCCUCAGCAGCUGCCCUGCUUCUACCUGCAUGGUGGGGCCAUGUGGCUGCCUGGGGAGUGGGGAGUGGGAGAGGCCUGAGCUUUCAUCUGCCUUCACUUCAGUUUUCCACCACCUGGCUGGAGGCAGACAGAGGCUUCUGAGGGGGUGUGGGCAGAGUGAGUCCUGGGGAAGGGACGGAGCAGCGCAGAAGAGCCCAGAGGUGGUGCUGGCCUUACACAGCAGGUUUUAUUCUCCAGCUUUGGUUGUCACUUGGUGGGAGAGAACGUGCAGUUAAAGGGCAUGCUAAUAAAUAACAUAAUAAAUAACACCUCCCACUACCUCCAUAGCUAGGUCAGCAGUAGUGAAGGGAUUACUCUUAAAAUAGUUCCAGUAUGUGCUGAAUCCAGUCAGCUUAGGGCAGCAAUAAGCUUUGGGUUAACAACUCUUAGUAGCCCAUGCUGUGUAGUGCUUUAUGGGAGGGAAGAGCAAGGAGGCUCCCCCAAGACUCUUAAGAAACCAGAGUGUCUUGUCAGUCUACACGAGCCAUGGCACAGGAGCAUGGCUAGGGAAGGGUUCAGGGCUGCAGCAGCCAGGCUAUGGAGUUAGUUACCAUUAACACAAUGAGGCUGUAACUCUUUCUGUAGCUGUACAUGCCACACUGUAGUGCUGCAAUGCCAGUAUUUACAGAAAUACCUAGGACUUGCUUAAAAGCUGCCUCCAUCUCCCCCAGUGCCAGCCUACCAAACACCAGUAGGUGCCCUGUAUGUUUGCAGGCCAUGCCACUGGUUGUGACCAAGCAAUCUCAAGACUUCAUCUCUCCACCCCCACCAAAGCUCACUUUUGCCAAAUAAGCUUAACGUGCUGUUGGAGGUAGUGGGAGGCCUCCCAGUAGGGAACUGCAGCAGAGAAUCCAGACAGCACCAUGCAGUACCCACUGAAAUCCCGCUUAUUAUUUACUAUAUUUGCUUUGGCAUGUCUUGGACUCAGAGAGGAGGAAGCAGUGACAGGUGGCGUUCUACUUGAGGAACUUCAGGAAUUUCUCUACCUUUGAUCACAUGCAGGUGCAGCUUUACUAGGAAUAAUUAUAAUGGAGCAUGAAUGCAAAGCUGCCGCUGGCAAUUUAACCACUCUAUUGUCUAGGUCAAGUUUAAACACAGCUACCUGGCAAUCAGCCUGCACCAGCACUCCCACUGCUCCAGCACCUGCUGAACUGUGAGAGAUCCUUGGUGAGAGAGCACCCUGCUAUUUCCAAGUACAGGCAGAUCUAGCAUCUGCUGGUUUGUCUUACUUGCCAGCAGAGGGUAGCAUAACUGCAUCUGGAAAUAGCUUCUGAGGAGGAGCUGCACAAAUUUGGAUCUAGGAAACUAGCAGCAUUCUUGCUGGGAAGGAACAGGCGGACCUGGCAGUGGGAACUGGCACGGCCACGCACAAGCUGGUGAUGUGAACAGAACCCACUGUCAGAACAGAUGCUCUGGGAAUAGGUGCUAUACCUACAGCGAGCUCUGGACAAACCAAAGAUGAGAAAGGUUCCCACCCUCACAACCUUCAGUUUUCAGAGGAGUCUGUCUCUUCAUUGGAGCCUUCACUUUCAGCAUCUAUUUUUCGGCGAUGAUGGAGAGGUUUCCAGGGAGAGUUUAUCCUGGGAGAGUUACGGCCAUGAAAAUUAGCAGUGUCCCCGCUGGAGCUGGUGGGAGCAGAGAUGGAAAGUCCAGAGACCUGAGCUACCCUGGAUGAGGAAGAAAAAAAAAAAAAAAAAAGGCAGAGAAAAAAAAGCUAAAUUGGGUAGACUAGCUUGUCAUCUCCAGCCUUAACUAUAGCAGUUUUGGAGUAAACUUGGGAUGAUUAUUUAUUCACAGCUAGCUCAGAGAGGGAAAGAUGUUUGUGACAAAGAGGAGGAACACUUUGUGCUAGUACCUGCUGAACUUGCUGUGUGAAUGAUUUUUCUUUCUCUUAAAGAGAUCUUUCAUCUGGGCUGAGCCUGUGUCCUGCAAUACCCCUCAUUUUCACUCCAAACAAAAUGUCUCAGAUCAUUAGAGAUUCUUUUGUUACCUUUAGAUCCUUCUUCUAGGCAAGUUUUUCCCCCUGCUUCUGAAGUCUUUUUGGAGGAUUUUGUUAGCUGCACCAAGGCACCCCAACAAAAGGCCCUCUCUGCUAGGGCUGCAGUGUUAGCAUCUCUAUUGUUUUAGUUAAGUUAAAAAAAAUAGGGACAGUACUUCACUGAAGCCAUCCUUAACGUGCCACUUUCCAUCUGUUGUUUUACUUCCUACUCUAGGCAGCUCAACUUACAAUUUUUCAAGUUCCUGAUCCAUGGCAGGGUCCAGAAACAAAUCUUUAUCUGGCAAAGCCCCUGGAAACAAGUAAACAAACAAGGAAAAUAUCUUAGUAGAGUCACGACUAUUCAGGGGUAAUCUUAAAGAAAAUCAUUCAGAUCAAUUCAUCAUCCUAAAUCUGUUCUGGAAGACAGAGAAGACCCUUCCUUAUACCCACUAGAGAAAUGAAUCCUUAACGGUCAUGGGCAGACAAAGAAUGGUGGCUCUACUCCAUCCUUCACACAGGUUGUAGCUGAGCUCAGAUCAAAUAGGGGUACCCUAAGUGGUUUCUCACAGAACUUGAAGCUCUCGGAGAGCAGGGUCCAUUCACUUUACAGAACAACUGAGUGCAGACUGUCUCAGGGAGAUGACACUCCAUCAGCUUCGUGUUUCUGCUAAUUGUAAUAUGUAGCCAUCAAUGCCAGACACUAUCAGAGUAACAGAUAGGUUGUAUGUGCCACAGCCUAAAGCACACAUAAUACCACCCAGGGAGACAUAGACUUCUGUGCUGCCCAUCUUUCUUGUGCACUGAGCUUGGGGAUCAAAACACUCCACAGAUGUGAGAUUGCUUUCCUUGCAGUUCAGGAAGCUUAGCCCUGACUAGUGCGUGUGAAGCAUGGGGUGGAUGAGCUAUAUUUUACUGUUGCUUGGUGCCUGGGUAAGAAAGAAAAAACUUUAAGAAAUGGGUACCCUCCCUCAGCACAAGGCUCCUUUUCACAUUUGAAAUUCCAUUCAGGAUGAAAGAGAUGGGUGCAGUUCAGGACUGGAACAGCUGGUUCCACUGUAGAACAACACUAGAACCUCAGAAAGAGCCCUCAGGAAGACAAGGCUUUCAGGAGGCCCCUCCUUACUAAUUCUGUAAAGAACACCUUGCACAGGGGCUAUGGGAGGGUCUGAUAGGUCAGCACAAAGAUGAUGGGAACUGCCUACCCCAGCCUGGACAGUGCCGCUGCACGUUUGGUAACUUGUACCAACAGUGCAGUGAGGAAUGCUCUUGUUUUUGAGGAGACCUGGCUGUCACACUCAGGAUCUUUGGGAAAGAGCUUUAUACUGCCCCGUGGGGACACAAAUGUGUUUUCUGGCCCUGACACCUUGGUCCUGAAGGAGGGGCUGGAGAGCCACUCUUGCACACAGACAAACUGGCAGCAGUUACCAAAAACGUAGUAGCAACAUGUAUCUAACAAAUUAGAAGCAGUUCUGAUCAGACCCACCUCCCCCACUUUUUCCAGUUCUGGUCUCCCCCUCCUGCACAUGAACAGGAAAACUUCACAAGAGUGCUGGGAGGUCCAGUGCUUGCUUUCACAUGCUCAAUUAAAAGAAUAAGCGGCUAUAGCUUAACUUGUUUCUGUGUUUGCAGAAUCUAGUAAGGUCUCUGAGGUACAAGUAUUACUUGGGAAAGACAGUAAAUGACACAUAAAGGAUUCACAGGUCUAGACUCACACGAGUUAGGCUGCAGAUUCCCAUUUGCCUGACACUCAUCAGUGCUACCUCAGCCAGAAUGAGCUGCUCUAAUCCCCUACCCUCGCUCCUUUAGGGGUGCCACUGGCUUUGUGAGAUUGGAGAGGAAGCAGGCAUCCUGACUGAAAGCGACUUUGCCUGCAACUACCCUUGUUGAAGGGCUCUGGGGAGCUUGUGAUCUCCUACAGACUGAAGACCAUUGAAAUCACCCUUCAGGAGAUUAAAAAACAUCAGAAAAAGAAUCCCCCUGUCCUUGCCAAGAUGCCAGCACCUGUCAGACUUGUGGUUGCUGCCCCUCCUCUGUGAGAGGCCUUGGGAGGAGGCUGGCAGAGAGCCAGGGGAUGGGCCCACAUUAAUGGAAGGGAAAACCCACACGUGUUGUAGACAGCACAAUGGAAGCCUUGGGCAGGAUCGUUUUUUCUUUCUUUCUUUCUUUCUUUUUUCUUUUUUUUCUCCAUCUGUUUUGUUUGCUUUUGACUGGAAGUGGAUUUUACUGGGCAAGGAAAGAACGAUUUUGUUUGUUGCAAUCCAGGCAUCACCUUCCCCAGUGAGUACACUGCUCCCUAAGCCUGUUUGCAGAAGGGAUUGCAGAGUUGUAUGCACGCACCUUUGAUAUAUAAUCUUCACCUUGCUGGGUAAGCAGCCCUUCCCCAGAAGAGCAUUAGUAGCUUAAAUGGUUUGCUGGAAGAAGAGGCUCAGCCAGGGAGAGGGACACUUCUAUUAUGACACACCUGUGUGAAAGAACAAACCCUCUGGCAAGGUACACCAUCUUUUCACCGAGGCCUGUCUUUGAAAUAUGGGAACUGGGUGAUACUCAGGCCUGGGAGUAGAGGAAGAAGAUACUCAAAGAGAGAAAAAGCCUGCCCUUGCAGGCCUGAUUAUUUUCUGAGUAGAGAUGAGUGAAAGUGUGUGAGCCUUCACCCACUUCUCAUCAAAUGCAGAAAGCCAUUUUUGUUCCCCUUUCCAGGACAAGCACAACCAAGUCAUAUGAGGGCAACAUGGAAUUAUGUGUCUGAGUUAUGUACGGAUUACACACUGUGCUUUGCCCAUGCAACACUUUGCUUCCCUGCUCUAGAGCUGUAUUCAUCAUCACAACACAGAAAUGAGCAGUGAGAUGCUGCUUGGUGAUUCCUCUGGUUUCCACAGUAGUUUGGUACAGAGUUCUGUAGCAGAAUCUUGUGUUUUAUACUACCAGAUUUCCAGUAGGCUAUAGAUUAAUAUAUUAGAAAGAUUACAAUGAUGUGGGGGAAGAUGGGGCAUGAGCUGUGGGAGUCUGGGCUUAGUUUGAGUCUUUGAGCCAAGAAGGCAUCAGAAGUUUUCCCAUUAUGUGUCUCUUCUCUUUCUUGUGGACAAUGAAAGCAGUCAUUUAAAAUCUGUGGGAGCAUAAAGGGCUAAAACAUAGGAUGAAACUUCAAUUUAAGCAGUCAGCUACCUUACUUGCCUCCCGACCGCCUCUAUCCAACCUUUACAGCCAAGCAUGCUAAAAUGAUCAGCUACCAAAGACAAAACAUUUCUGUCUUAGGACAGCAUUUCACAUCUAAUUUUAUUGCUGACAAAUCUUCAUGGCUUCAAGCAGACAGUAAGGUGCAGUGUUUUUACAGUUUAAUCCAUAAUAAAAAUAUGAAAAACUC